AUGAGGAUCCCGUGCAGAUCCGCCUUUGCGGCGGCUUCGGCAGCGGUCGCCGCCCUUCUCCUCUUCGACACGGCCGCGGCGCAGACGUGGAGCCAGUGCAACCCGCUCAACACCCAAUGUCCGCCCAACACGGCCCUCGGCAUGACGGUCAACGUCGACUUCCGCAAGGGCGGCGUCAACUCGUUCGCCGCGUCCGGGUCGCCCAAGUACGACUCGGACGGCGUGGCGUUCACCGUCGCGCGCGGCGGCGACGCCCCGCAGCUCAACUCGCUCUUCUACAUCAUGUUUGGGCGCGUCGACGUGGUGAUGAAGGCGGCGCCCGGCGCGGGCAUCGUCUCCUCCCUCGUGCUCGAGUCGGACGACCUCGACGAGAUCGACAUUGAGUGGCUCGGCUCCAACCCGGACGAGAUGCAGAGCAACUACUUCGGCAAGGGCAAGACCACGUCGGACAACCGCGGCAGGUUCCACGCCGUGCAGGGCACCCAGACACGCUGGGUCAAGUACUCGGUCGUGUGGACAAAGGACAGCAUUGUCUGGCUCGUCGACGACAAGGCCCUGCGCGAGCUCAAGCAGUCGGACGCGGAGCCCGGCCAGUACCCGCAGACGCCCAUGCGCAUCAAGUUCGGCGCCUGGGCAGGCGGCGACCCGGCCUUCAACGCGCCCGGCACCGUCAAGUGGGCGCGCGGCCCGACCGACUAUUCCAAGGGGCCCUUCUCCAUGCGCGUACAGACCAUCAAGAUCGCCGACUACUCCACGGGCAAGCAGUACCGGUACAAGGACCAGACGGGGUCCUGGGAGAGCAUCGAGGCCAUCGGCGGCUCCAUCAACAGCAACGCCGACGGGAAGAACGCCCCGAGCGUCACCGCCACGCCCACCGCGGGCGGCGCCCCGGCCGCCACGACGUUUGCGACCGUCCCCGUCGGCGGCAUCGGUCGCGACGGCAGCUCCGCCACCAGGACCCAGACCGGCUGGCCCUGGGUCGCCGGCGCGAGCCCCACGGGCGGCACCAUCCCCAGCGGCUGGUACAUGACGCCCGAGGGCAAAAUCAUGCGCAGCAACACGGGCUCGGCCCCGGCCGGCGGGCGCCCUACCUUGGUGCUGGCCGUCGUGGGCUCGCUGGCCGCGGGCGCCCUGAGCCUCCUCCAGCGGCUGUAUUAA